GCUUGAUUACGUCUGCCUUGCGUUGUUCCAUCCACGGCUUAUCUCUCUCUCUCUCUCUCUCUCUCUCUCUCUCUACACGCAGCCGAACAGCCAAGAGGAAAGACUGUCUCACCGGCUCCUAAAAGCACGCUUGCAGGGCUUUAAAGUGUCUCUUACGUUCAAUAGAAAGUUUUUCCGGCAAUCUUCAGAAUCAUUUAUUUUACAUUACUGUCUUUGAAUUGUUCAAAUAUGUCGGUCUCGUCGGAUCAGAUGCUGUUUCAGAUGAACGAGCAGGAGUUCUACAAUGAGUGGCUCGAGUUCGGCAACUCCUUCGACCUCACCACUGGUCUCUUGGUCGAGGACGUCACUGCGGUGGGUUCGAUCUCGCCGACAGAGUACAGUCUUGAAACGAUAGACGGCUCCCCGAGUUUCUCUUCCCAGACCAUCGACUACAGCCCCCAUUCGAGUGGCAUGGAGACCCCAGCAGACCUGGCGACUCCCGGCCAUGACUUCGCCUACGCCUUGGAUUGCCCUUCUUUCCUUCCCAAGGAGAGCCUCCCGGAGUUUGCGAUUCAGGAGACCUUCUUGGAUCUCCCCCAGAACCAUGAGCCGGCCUACUUCCCCGGCUCCACCGUGCGUGAGUUGGUCGAGGCCAGAGCAGCUGCGGAUCACAGAUGUAUCUCACGCAAAGAGAAGCUCCGUGAAGCCUCAAUUGCAGUGCACUUGCAGCGACUGAUGGACGCCACCGCUGCGGAGAUCGACAUGCAGCCAAACGAUUCAUCACCUUGCUGGGCAGACUAUGUUGACUACACUUUGUACACCCCCUCUGCGACCACCGCCUCGACGACGGCCCCUUCACUAUCCUCCACUUCUCCUCCCCAACAUUCAUCGUCUUCGCCGCCGUCGGGUCCCGAGGGUGGUGUCGAAAUGGUCCUCGAUCUGAACAUGAACACGACCACCAACGUGCCAAGGAAACAGAAGCCGAGGUCACUAGCUCAGAAAGAGAGCUAUAUAAAGGCUAGAAAGCAUGGUGCUUGCGAAAAGCACCGAAAGCAGCACAAGAGGUGCAAGUGCUUCGAGAAGGCGACGACACAAGUCAGCCAGAGCCUUGCCAUAAUCAAUCCGCUGAUGGAUUCAAAGAUGAGGACAAGGAAACUACCAGUGGACAACCCAUCAUUCAUAAAAUCAAGGGAUCCAUAUGGCACGUCCGUCAGGAUGAAGCUACCCGACACGCUGAUGAACCCUGCCGACCAGUUGGCAGCGCCAUUGCGCAGACCUCUGUGCAGCAGUCCAUUGAGUCCGAAUGGAGCACAGCAAAGUUUACAGACUUCGGCACCAAAGUCAUUCCACAGCUCUGCUCACGCUCAUCGCUGGAUUACAGAGAGGCCUCAACUGCAGACCCGGCAGUCAGUGCUGGGAGAACACGUCCAAUUGACCACUUCUUCCAACAGGAUUCUGGCAGCCAAACCUCUCGACCGUUCAAGCGCCUCAAGCAUCUUGGGCGGACGACAUUCGAGCACGAUCCGCACCAAUGCCAACAGCACAGUUAUUCUACAGAAAGGCGUUGGAAGCGAGGUACAAUCCUCCACAGGAUUGUCCUACACAGCCACGCACUCUACGAUUGCAACACUGUCAUCCGCAAGCAGAUUUGCUGGCCUGCUACCUUUCAACCUCCGUGCUGGAAUUGCUGCGAAAAGGUCUGUGCAUGCAUUUGCCUCUUUUUGGGAUACAUGCACCUUUGCAUCGUCCUGGGUCAGCGGCUUUUGCGCGAGGCUUGCUCGGUCGUCUUGUCGACAGAUACUAUGCGCAAGAAAGGGACUGGGGUUGUUCCAAACGUAGCCAUGCUGCGUCUGAUCCACACUCCUGCCUCGGUUUUGUCCUUCAUCUGUGUUUGAGAUACC